CAUCCCAGGACCGCGUUCUUAUCUCAUGGAUUUCCAAAAUGUCUUUGUAAUGGCUUGUGGUACAAACUUCUACAGUCAAUGUGUCCCAAGCAACACCGUCCAUUUGGUAUUUUCAGCGAGCAGUGCUCAUUGGCUGAGAAAGAAACCAUGUGACAUUACAGGAGCACUGCACCAAAGUAUGAUGACGGACCAAAAAGAAAAGGAAAUGUUUGCCAAACAAGCUGAGAAAGAUUGGGAGCUUUUCUUGCUGAACAGAGCUGAAGAAUUAGUACCAGGAGGUUCUAUGAUACUUAUACAAAGUUUAUGCGACGAAGAAGGACAGCUCUUCGGCCACACUAAAUGUACAAAAGUAUCAGCAAUGAAGCAAAUAUGUAGUUUAUGGGAAGAAUUUGUUCAAGAAGGACGCAUAACUCAGGAAGAAUUCAACCACACCAAUUUCACCGCCUACUUUCGAACUGUAGAAGAAUUCAAGAAACCUUUUAACGACCCCGAUUCUCCUGUGAAACGGAAAGGUUUAGAAUUUGUUUCCAUUGAAAAACAUGUCAUCCCAUGUGCACACAAGGAGAGAUGGAUGAGAGAGAAGGGAGACCCCAAAGAACAUGCCAAACGCUAUGUCGCCAGCAUUCGUACUUCGAGUAAUGCAACGUUGAUAUCAGGUCUGUCUGAUUCACGUUCUUCUGAGGAGAAAUCCAAGAUCGUCGAUGAUCUUUAUCGUAUUUUUGAAUCAUUGGUAGCCAAAAACCCUGAGGAUCAUGGGGCGGAUUUUGUUGAAGCAUACAUCGUAAUACGAAAAGGACAAUAGAUAACACUCAAUUCGAAAUCGUAACUAAUGAACAAAGUCCCAAUAAAGACAACAAAACAUACAUUUCAAAACAUAUUCAUAUAGCUUUAUCUAGUUUAUACCAAUGUCUACUUAGAUAUAUCCCCUUAUUUCACUUAUAUUCUAUAUUUUCCAUAAAAUUUAUGAAAUAACGUAAACAAUACAGCCUUCAAACAUGGAAGGGUUUCAUCUCGUCUCAAGACCUCACUGAACGGGCGCAAAAUCUAUAUAAUAUGCACCUCGCUUCCCUUUUAAGAUUUGUUUUUAUCCAGCCAUGCUUAGGAUAGGUAGCUACAAAAAGUCUGAAGAAUAACUAACAAAGUCAAUCUGUUUUUCCGUGAAUGAAAUCUUGAAAUUCGGAAGGUAGA